AUGGCGUCUUCUUCUCUAUCAACCCUUUGCAGCUCCACUUCGUCUUCUCUGCAUCCCAACUCUAAGCUCUCACAUUCUCUUUCUUCUAAAUUAUCCUCCAAAGCAAAUGUCUCCGUCCAGUUUCUGGGAAAGAAACAGUCCCCACUUCUCUCCUCAACACCGAGAUUCCUCACAGUUAUCGCCAUGGCUCCUCCCAAACCCGGAGGCAAAGCCAAAAAAGUUGUUGGGGUUAUAAAACUUGCUUUAGAAGCCGGAAAAGCAACUCCGGCACCACCGGUUGGUCCGGCGCUUGGUUCGAAAGGAGUCAACAUUAUGGCUUUUUGCAAGGAUUACAAUGCUCGAACCGCUGAUAAAGCCGGUUAUAUCAUCCCCGUUGAAAUCACCGUCUUCGAUGAUAAAAGCUUUACCUUUAUCCUCAAGACCCCACCUGCUUCGGUUUUGUUGCUUAAGGCUGCAGGUGUUGAAAAGGGAUCGAAAGAUCCGAAGCAAGAUAAAGUUGGGGUGAUAACAAUAGACCAACUGCGCACAAUUGCGGCAGAGAAGCUGCCCGAUCUGAAUUGUACGACAAUUGAAUCCGCUAUGAGAAUCAUUGCAGGAACUGCAGCUAACAUGGGGAUAGACAUUGACCCUCCUGUUCUUGAACCUAAAGUGAAAGCAGCUUUGUUGUAA